AUGAAUUUUAUAAAGAGGUGCUGGGAAGAAAUUGGGACUGAGUUUACAGCUGCUGUGAUUGCGUUCUUUCAGACAGCUAGGUUACCUAAAGACUCUAAUAUCACAUGGGUUGCGUUGGCUCCUAAGUUCGGCGGGGCCAAAGAAAUCAAAGACUUCCGCCCGAUUAGCAUGGUUGGUUGUGUUUAUAAGGUGAUUUCGAAGGUGCUAGUUAGGAGGAUGAGAGCAGUGAUGCCAGAGCCGGUCGGAGAGACUCAAAGUGCGUUUGUUAAGGGACGCAAAAUACAUGACGGGGCACUUAUAGCGUGUGAAACUGUUCAGUGGCUUAAGUUAAGGAAAAAGGCAGCGGCGAUUAUCAAGCUAGAUUUUCAGAAGGCUUAUGAUAGAGUAAAGUGGAGCUUUGUGGACAUUGUGUUGCAGAAGAUGGGAUUUGGUCGAAGAUGGAGGGAGUGGGUUAUGGAGUGUGUCAGUACUUCUUCUAUGUCUGUGUUGGUAAACGGUUCACCGACGAAGCCAUUCAUGAUGGAAAGGGGUUUGAGGCAAGGCGAUCCACUAUCCCCCUUUUUAUUUGUGCUUGUGGUGGAUGUACUACAUAGAAUGGUCAGAGAGGCAGUUAAUAAUGGCCGUAUAUCUCCUCUGUUAGUUGGGAGAGACAAUAUAGAGUUGUCGCAUCUUCAGUUCGCUGACGACACUAUAUUGUUUUGUCCGCCGGAGGAAGAGACUGUAAAGAACUAUCAGAGACUACUACGCUGCUUUGAACUAAUGUCGGGGUUAAGCAUCAAUUUCGACAAAUCCAGUUUAAUACCAAUCAAUUGUGACCAACUGUGGGUGAGACGUAUGUGCAGAUUAUUAGAGUGUAAGGAAGCGGCUCUGCCAGUCAGGAAAGUUGGUGCUCAUCAAGCGCCAAAAAGGCUAGGUGGGCUAGGUGUUGGAGAUGCCAUGAUACGUAACACAGCACUAUUGUUUAAAUGGUGGUGGAGGUUCUCAAAGGAGGAUUGUCCGCUGUGGAAGAAGGUGGUGUGUUCGUGUAAUAAUCUCAAUCCUAACAUGAUGCUAUCCACUCAGACAUUGCCCACUAAAGGAGGUCCUUGGAAGGAUAUCUGUCAGCUACAGAUUAAAGAACAACAUGUUAGAGAGAAGAUGAUAAAUGGGUUGUCCAUGGAGGUUGGAGAUGGGAGAAGAACGCGUUUCUGGGAGGAUGUCUGGCUAUACUGUGGUCCCCUAAAGGAUAGGUUUCCAAGGCUCUUCUCGAUUUCAAUGCAAAAAGGAUGUGUCAUUGGGGUCUGCGGGUUCUGGGACGGGUUAGAUUGGGUUUGGAACUUCCAAUGGAGGCGUGAACCAUUCCAGUGGGAAUUGGAACUUUUGAAUCAGUUACAUGAAACUCUGAGAGUGGUUAACUUAGCGCCAAACAGGGAGGAUAGGAUUGUGUGGAAGUUUGAUAAACAAGGUGUGUUUUCUACUAACUCAUUUGUGCAGGUAUGGUGCGCAUGGCUGAAUCACUUUGAUAGGAAGUGGUCAUUUCCUGGUACUGUAAAGGAACAUUUUCACAGUUGGACAGGUGUAACGACGAGUAAGGAAGAGCGAAAGAAAUGGCUAAUUUGCUUCUUUGCCAUUGUGUGGAACGUCUGGAUGGAGAGGAACAGGAGGAUUUUUCAGAAUGCAGGAAAAAGUGUAGAAGACACCAUCAAUGCAUCUUUUCAGAGUUUUCAGGAGUGGAGGCAUCAGAAUCUCUUAUGUCGUUGA